AUGCUGAACCAACUAUUGUACGCUCUUUUGGCUGUUUCUACGUUGAGCAGUGCCCAACCUCUUGGACCUGCCCAUCGUCAUCAUCAGCAUCUAGAAAGGAGAGAAGCUGAAGCUAUGGGAAAUGCUGUUGCAGAUGUCCAAACUGUGGUUGUCACAGUUUAUGCAAGCAGUAAUCCAACUACAUUGCAGACAAGCUAUCUAACCAGUAGUAGCGAGGUUGUUGCUGCUGCUACCAACGUUGCCGCUUCCACGUCCAGCGCUGCUGCUUCUGGUUCUGUUUCUGCUUCUUCCAGUUCUACAUAUUCUGCUGGCUCUGUCGAAUACUACGCAGGCCAGGGUAAGGGCAUUACUUAUUCUCCGUACACAGAUUCUGGCUCUUGCAAGUCUGAGUCCGUUAUUGCUUCCGAUAUUCAGUUGCUAUCUGAUUUUGACAUUAUCCGUGUAUAUGCCCCUGAUUGCAGCUGUGUCACCGCAAUUAUGGGUUCUAUGGGUUCUAGCCAAACGCUCUUUGCUGGUGUCUAUUACAUGGCCAGCAUCGAUGCCGAUAUUGCCACUUUGGCCACUCAGGUCGAGGCUUCUAGUCAGGGAUGGGAUGGCAUUUACGCAGUUGCUAUUGGCAAUGAAUGGGUCAAUGGUGGUGAAUAUUCUGCAUCUGAGGUGGCUUCAGCUGUUACCCAGGGAAGAAGCGCUUUGACCGCUCAAGGUUACAGUGGCAAAGUGGUCACUGUCGACACGUUGGUUGCUUACGAGAACAACCCAGAUCUCUGCACUGCUUCUGACUUUGUCGCUGCAAACUCGCACGCUUACUGGGACGGUAAUUGUGAGCCCUCCAAUGCUGGUCCUUGGUUACAAGAACAGAUCGCUAGUGUCAAGUCUGCCUGUGGUGGCUCCAAGGACGUGCUUAUAUGUGAGACUGGAUGGCCUACUCAAGGUUCAACUUACGGAUCUCUAGGUGUUCCUUCUGUCUCUAACCAACUAGCGGCCAUCAAGUCGAUAUCCGAAACUGUCGCUAGCCAGGUUAUUUUCUUCACUACCUAUAACGAUUAUUGGAAGGACGCUGGUACUUAUGGAGUUGAAAAGUAUUGGGGUAUAUUCUCUCAAUGA